GGCUGCGGCCGGGGCCUGGGUGAAUUUGUGGUGUUUUGUGCGGGUUUUUUUGUGUUAUUUUUUGUGGUUUUGUGCCUUUUUUGCCCGUUUUUCUGUGUUUCUACACGUGUUUUCCCGGCUCUCAGCAGUUGUGGAAGAAGUUUGGGCUCUGCUCGAGUCUUCGGCUGGAUCCUGAAAAAAUUGAAAUGGUGCCGGUAAAACCAACGAAAUCCUCUUUCGUUGUGCCCCCCUCGCAUCUGCUCCUGGACUAAUUUUCUGUGCGGGUUUGGGACCUGGAGGGGGGUAAAAAUGCCCGAGAUCAAAGUCACCCCCUUGGGCUUAACGAGGGCAGAGCAGCUGGAGAAGGAGUUCUGAUCCUUGCCAGAUGAAGGACUCUUCUCUCUUCCUUGAAACUGCAAUUGCAGGAAGUCUGUGCAGACCUUCACCUGCUUUUAUUUUGAAAGAAUUGCAGCUUUUCCCAGAGGUGUUUUACCAGUGUCUUACUGGUGUUUUAUUGGUGUUUUACUGGUAUUUUACUGAUACUUUGCUGAUGUUUUAUUGAUGUUUUGCGGGUGUUUUGUCAAUAUUUUACUGGUAUUUUGCUGAUGUUUUGCUGGUAUUUCGCUGGUGGUGUUUUUCUGCUGUUUUCCUGGUGUUUUAUUAGUAUUUUGCUGGUGAUGCUUUAUUGGUGUUCUUCCAAUGUCUUACUGGUAUUUUGCUGGUGUUUUGUGAUGCUUUCCUGGUGUUUUGUUGGGGUAUUAUUGGUAUUUUCCUGGUGCUGUUUUAUUGGUGCUUUGCUGAUGUUUUAAUGGUGUUUUCCUGGUGUUUUGCUGGUAUUUUGCUGAUGGUGUUUCACUGGUGUUUUGUGAUGAUUUCCUGGUGCUUUGCUGAUAUUUUACUGGUAUUUUGCUGGUGGUAUUUCACUGGUAUUUUGUGAUGUUUUCCUGGUGUUUUAUUGGGCUUUAUUGGUGUUUUGCUGGUUGUGUUUUAUUGGUGUUUUGCUGAUGUCUUACUGGUAUUUUGCUGGUGUUUUGUGAUGUUUUCCUGGUGUUUUACUGGUGGUGUUUUGAUGAUGUUUUACUGGUUUUUCACUGGUGUUUUGCUGAUGUUUUCCUGAUGUUUGCUGUUAUUUUGCUGGUGGUGUUUUGCUGAUGUUUUACUGAUAUGUUGCUGAUAUUUUGUGAUGUUCUCCUGGUGUUUAUUGAUGUUUUUCUGGUGUCCAGGUGCUGGCCAGGAUGUGGGCAGGAGCUGCAUCCUGGUGUCCAUCGCUGGCAAGAAUGUGAUGCUGGACUGUGGGAUGCACAUGGGCUACAACGAUGAUAGGCGCUUCCCUGACUUCUCCUACAUCACCCAGAAUGGCAGGCUGACUGAUUUCCUGGACUGUGUCAUCAUCAGCCACUUCCACCUGGACCACUGCGGGGCCCUGCCCUAUUUCAGUGAGAUGGUUGGCUACGAUGGCCCCAUCUACAUGACCCACCCCACCAAGGCCAUCUGCCCCAUCCUGCUGGAGGACUACAGGAAGAUCACCGUGGACAAGAAAGGGGAAACCAACUUCUUCACAUCACAGAUGAUCAAGGACUGCAUGAAGAAGGUGGUGGCCGUGCACCUCCACCAGACAGUGCAGGUGGAUGAGGAGCUGGAGAUCAAGGCUUACUAUGCAGGCCACGUGCUGGGGGCUGCCAUGUUCCAGAUCAAGGUUGGCUGUGAGUCCGUGGUGUACACUGGUGACUAUAACAUGACACCAGACAGACACUUGGGGGCGGCCUGGCUGGACAAGUGCCGCCCUGACCUGCUGAUCACUGAGUCCACCUACGCCACCACCAUCCGCGACUCCAAGCGCUGCCGCGAGAGGGAUUUCCUCAAGAAGGUGCACGAGACUGUGGAGAGAGGAGGGAAGGUUCUCAUCCCAGUUUUUGCCCUUGGCCGUGCUCAGGAACUUUGCAUUUUGCUGGAAACCUUCUGGGAAAGGAUGAACCUGAAAGCUCCAAUUUAUUUCUCCACGGGCCUGACAGAGAAGGCAAACCAUUAUUACAAACUGUUCAUCACCUGGACCAACCAGAAGAUCAGGAAAACCUUUGUGCAGAGGAACAUGUUCGAGUUCAAGCACAUCAAAGCCUUCGACAGAGCCUUUGCAGACAACCCUGGGCCCAUGGUGGUGUUUGCAACCCCUGGGAUGCUCCAUGCAGGACAAUCCCUGCAGAUCUUCAGGAAAUGGGCAGGGAAUGAGAAGAACAUGGUGAUCAUGCCUGGCUACUGUGUCCAGGGAACUGUGGGCCACAAAAUCCUCAGUGGGCAGAGGAAGCUGGAGAUGGAAGGAAGACAAAUUCUGGAGGUGAAGAUGCAGGUGGAGUACAUGUCCUUCAGCGCCCACGCAGAUGCCAAGGGCAUCAUGCAGCUGAUCCGGCAGGCUGAGCCCAGGAAUGUGCUGCUGGUGCACGGGGAGGCCAAGAAAAUGGAAUUCCUGAAGCAGAAAAUCGAGCAGGAGUUCCAUGUCAGCUGCUUCAUGCCAGCCAACGGAGAGACCACCACCAUCCUCACCAACCCCUGCAUCCCUGUGGACAUCUCCCUGGGCCUGCUCAAGAGGGAAACAGCCAUAGGUGCUGCCCCUGAUGCCAAGAGGCCCAGGCUGAUGCACGGCACGCUGCUCAUGAAGGACAACAGUUUCAGGCUGGUUUCCCCUGAGCAGGCCCUGAAGGAGCUGGGGCUGGCUGAGCAUCAGCUGCGCUUCACCUGCCGCGUGCACAUCCAGGACCCGCGCAAGGAGCACGAGACCGUGCUCAGGGUCUACAACCACCUCAAGGGGGUUCUGAAGGAUUACUCAGUGCAGCACCUCCCUGAUGGCUCCAUCACCGUGGAGUCCAUCCUGAUCCAGGCCACGGCUCACUCUGAGGACCAGGGAACCAAAGUCCUGCUGGUCUCCUGGACCUACCAGGACGAGGAGCUGGGCAGUUACCUGACAUCCCUGCUGAAGAAGGGGCUGCCCCAGAGCACCCCCUGAGAGCUGAGCCCAGAUUUUAUUUUGUUUACAUUUUCAAUGGUUUUUCUGCUUGAUUUUAAUAAAAGAAUUUCAGUGUUUGUCCAA